UCUCAGUCGCACGCACGCGCCUCCGAAAAACACACAGUAGUCCACGCUGUCAUCAUCCGUACUUGUCUCUCCUUCCAAUCCCAAUUCCGGUAGCAGGUGGCGCCCACCUCUCCCCGACACGUGCCUCACCAGCUCUCGCACGUGCCACCAACAAGAAAUCCUAUUAGGAGUAUUUCUCAUUUGAUUCUCAUACAAAUAUAUCCUCAUGUGUGUGGUGCAGUGUGUGUGACUGUGUGUGGUGCAACAAAUUAAAGUUAGAGAGAGAGAGAGAGAAAACACCCAAUACAAUUAUAGAGAAAGAUGUAUAUCAAAUCCAAAACACAUUUUCUUGGAAGGGCAUGUUUUCUUUGUGAUCUCUCUCUAAAAAGUUUGGCCUUUCAACUGUCCUCUUUUAUCCCAUUAUUAUUUUCUUGCAUCAACACACAAUCAUCUCAUCUCAUGCUUGUGUGUGUGUGUGUGUGUGUGCGUGCGUGCGAGAGACAAUAUUCUCAGAGCUUAGUCUUAUCACUAAAUUAUGAGGAUCCGAAAGCGUUUGGCGCUGUGUGAUUCCAUCUCUACACCACCACCAACACCUCUCUCAGAUCUCCACCUCCCACGAUCAGAGCCGCCGUGUGAUCUCAAAACUGAAGAAAAAAUUAAACAAAAGGAGUUUGGAGAUCGUGAUGAUCGUAUGAAUACUAAUAAUGAUAUCAGGAAAAUAGUUAGCAUCGUCUGUCAUGGAGAAGAAUAUUCCAACACAAAUAUGCAGCCAUCAUCUUCUUCUCUUCAAGGUAGGUGUUGUGUCGAAAGCUAUAAAUUGGUGCCAUUAAAGAAGAGGAUAGGGAUUUUCGAGCGAAAUCCGAGCGAGGAAGGCGCAAUGAAGUCGAAAACGAACAAGAAAUAUGGCGAUAUUGUUAGGAAAGAAAAAGGGAAGAAGAGCAAGAGGGGUAAUGUGAUCAUGGAAGGGUCUCGGUGCAGCCGGGUAAACGGGCGCGGGUGGCGGUGCUGCCAAGCCACGCUGGUGGGCUACUCCCUUUGCGAGCAUCACUUGGGGAAAGGGAGGUUGAGGAGCAAGAACUUGCUAACAAACCACAACAAGAGCCGCAAGGUUGGUUUUGUCAAAGCUAGAUCCAUCAGCAGUUUGCUUCGCCAAAUUUGAUGCCUAAUAAUCUUGCGGAUAAUGUGUAAUAGUGAUAUUAUAAGAUGCUUAAACCUAAUUAUUUCAUGUUGAAUCACUCUCUUACUAUUUAAUAUUGCUAUGUUUGUUAUAUUGUAUGAUUAGAACAUCUACUAAUUAUAA